GAUAAUUAUUAUACAAGCAUAGACCUGUGUGACAAACUAGUAAAAAGAGGGACUGAUAGCGUUGGGACAAUGAGAAUAAAUAGAAAAGGAACCACGGGAAUUAAAAGUAAAAUUACAGAGAGGGGAAACUAGCAUGAAAAAAAUUGCAGCAAGGAGUGGGGAUAUUGAAAAGCCAUCUUGCGUAAUCGAUCACAAUGCCAGGCAUGUGUGGUGUUGAUUUAUCUGACAAUUACCUCCACUUUUAUGGAAUUGCUCGUACUAGAGUUAAAGAAUACUACACGAAGAUGUUUCUCCAUUUUUUAAGUGUCACUACGUUGAAUGUCUUUCAAAUUUAUAAGAAGAAUGGCGGAAAACUAAAAAGACUGAACUUUUUACCGGAGCUGGGUGAGAAGAUAGUGGAAAAAUACGGCAAACCCUUACAAAUAAAAAAAAGGUCUAGAACGCCAAUGCCCACAAGACUGACUGAAAGGCAUUUUCCAUCGAUAAUACCACCGACAACAAAAGCAAAACCGACUAAAAGAUGCGUUGUAUGUGCUGACAGAAAGAUGUGAAAAGAGAGCCGUUAUUGGUGCCUAGAGUGUCGUACUGGUCUCUGUCCUGCACCUUGUUUUGGGAUAUAC